AGGGUUACCGAACCGCAAUCUUAGUGGUUAGUUAGUCAUGUUUCAGUUUGAGAAUGUCACAACGGGUUGAAGGGAUCUGGGAGACGUACACAGGGUAAUAAGAUACAAAAACGUCCGUCGUUUUAAAGAUUAGGCUAUUUUACAAACAUUUGAACCACCUUCGAAACCAGCGCGAUGAGUUUGAACGAGCAUUCGCUUCAAGCUCUGUCAUGGAGAAAACUUUACUUGAGUCGAGCUAAACUCAAAGCGACGAGCCGAACCUCUGCGCUGCUCUCCGGCUUCGCAAUGGUAGCAAUGGUGGAAGUCCAGUUGGAGGAAGAUCACGUGUAUCCUGACGGCUUACUGAUCGCUUUCAGCGCUUGUACAACAGUGCUGGUUGCCGUCCAUCUCUUUGCUCUGAUGAUCAGCACGUGCAUCCUGCCCAACCUGGAAGCUGUGAGCAACAUCCAUAACCUCAACUCCAUCAAAGAAUCGCCGCACGAGCGGAUGCACUUCCACAUCGAGCUGGCCUGGGCUUUCUCCACCGUCAUUGGUACCCUUCUCUUUCUCGCAGAGGUGGUCCUUCUCUGCUGGGUGAAGUUCCUCCCUCUGAAGAAUAAAAAGCCGGUCCCUAAUGAGAAGAACGUUACCGCCGAACCUCCAGGUAUAAGCCCAGGGGAAGCCGCAGCGAUUGCCUCUACCACCAUCAUGGUACCCUUUGGUCUGGUGUUUAUUGUUUUCGCGGUGCAUUUCUACCGUUCUCUGGUGAGUCACAAAACGGACCAGCAGUUCAAGGAGCUGGAAGCUCUGUCCAACAUCACACGGCUGCAGAACCAGCUGGAUCACAGGGGAGACGCCUUCAACAUGCAGACUUCUUCAGCACCUUUUAUUGCCUAGUUAAAGCACUUUAGAUGUGCCAGAUCAUAUUUCUCUAAAAUAAGGAAUGGCAUCAUCACUGAAUGGACACUAUGUGGUUCCAAUCAGAUUUUAUAUUAUGAUAGUGUCAAUAUAGACGGUUUCAGCGUCAACAACAUUAACAAAUGUUAUUUGGCCCAAACUUAACUUCUGUUAAAACAACCGUGAAAAAUCUAUAAGUGUUGAGUAGUUUUAAAUUAAUUUAAUACAAUUAAUAUACAAUAAAAUAUGAAUAUAAAUGAUUUUAUAACCAAACACAGACCGGAUGUUAACUUCGGGCCAGGUGUGUACAUCUGAUGAAGCCGUCUAUAGGUGUAAACAACGUGAUACCGUUGGGUACCGUGUUUUUCAAUGCAGCAAGUGUUGUCAUUCACUUUGUUUGUCUUUAUUUAUCUGCAUUCUGCACCAAUGUUGAAAUUUUCAUAUGUGCAUCCUCAAAUGAGAGCUAUUUGGUUAUGAAUAUGAAUGAAAAGGUCAAAACGUCUUCAAAGUGUCUUUUUGCUCAUUUUAAAAAGUGCCAUUCCAUAGUGCAGUGGUUCUCAAACUUUUUUAUUUUAAGGCCCCCUUUGUGUAGAAUGCAUUGCUUUGCGGCCCCCCAAAUAAAGACAGAUAAUCUUAAACUUAGAAUUUUUAUUAAACCAAAAACAUAUUCAGUUAUACAAUGCUAGAACAUCAAUUUGUUUGGUUGGUGGUCUUAUUAUCUUUUUAUGUUUGAUUGAAUAAAAUCUAUGAUGAAUUUCUAUAUUUCAUAAAAUGCCACAAAAUCGUUGGCCCAUCAGAUCCAUCUUCGGGCCCCAAAGUUUGAGAUCCACUGCCAUAGUGGACUAUGGAAUUGAGGAUUAACUUAAAAAAGAGCAGUUUUGUGAUUUAUCCAAAUGUUUAUCUAUUGUCCUCGUUUCAGUCAACUAUUUGUUCAGGACAAAUAAAACACCCUUAUAUGUUGCUGCUCUUUAAGCCCAAAGCAUUUGCUACUGGAUAAAGACCAAAACAGUGCUUUUAAAAUAGCGUUAUUUUGACAAAAUAUUUGAUGCAUGUUUUGAGUGUGUAAAUACAAAAUGUACAUUGACUUAUUUCGGAGAUAUUUUAUCUUAGGUUUUUUGGUAGAUAAGAAUUUACACUUGUAUAAUUUGUAGGGAUGUAACGAUUCACUGCCAGUUGGUAUUUAUUGAAAAAAAGCCAAUCUAGGAAAAGGACAGACAAGUAAAGUAUUCUGAGAUCGAUAUCAUGAAUCGUAUAUUACAACAUGAGCUGAGUGAAUUGCUUCAUCCCUAAUAAUUUGUUUACAUGGAUUGUCUUUUACUAAGAAUAACAUAUUUUAUAGGUUUUUGCACAUCUACUGUACAGUGGUCUCAAAAAAAACCACUUAAAAUGUAUGCAUGAUUUUACAACAAAAUCAUACACCAACUUCAUUUUUUUUAAUUCACAAAAAAGGAUGAUAUACAGUAAAAUAUAAAUUAUGAAACAACAGACAAAUUGUUCAAUAUUAGGAUUAAGAUAUUAGAUAAUAACCUGUUUUACAUAAUCUGUUAGAACUGUAUGAUUUUACUAAUUUAAUCUGUAGUGACAUUUUAUUUGGAACCACUGUGUUUGCAUGUUUGAUGAUUACUCUUGUGUGCAUGCAUAAACUGUAUCUUAGUUUUUCUGCUAUUGCAGCAGUUAUUUAAAAAAGAAUUAUAUUGAGUUUUAUAGAAUACAUAAAUAUUCAUACUUUUGUGCAUUCGAUUUGAUCUGUGACUAGAUGAAAAUCUUUGGUUGAGAGGAUUGGCUCAGUUUUAUCCUCUACUUAAACAAAAUUACACUCAACAAAUGGUUAGAUGUGUACUAUUCACAAUUUCUUCAACUGGGAAGAUUUUACUGGUAUGCCUAAUAUUUUUUAGUUUAGAUGUUAUUUCUUUGGUAGUUUGCAUUUGUACAGGUCUUUGCUAAUGAAAAUACUAGUCACAAAGAGUUUUUGUGCAUUUGUUUUGAAGCUGUAUGUGUAUAAACUGCUAAUCUCAUGUAUUUUAAACGUCCGGUUUAGUGGAGGGUAAAGAAAUGCUUAUGUCUUUUUAAACAGUCUCCAAGACGUUCUCAUCGAUGUUUCAUUGUCAAGUACUACUAGAAUGAGAAAAAAAUAAAAAUGCACAAAGUGUGA